CAGGUACUACUUUUAUAUUAUUUCUCAACUUUGGGUGAUGUAAAUCGACGAGGUCACUUGCCUGCGGUUUAAUUCCAAUCCUCAGUCUUGAAUUCCAUCUCCGUACUUUCCAAGUUGCUCACUGCUCCGCCAAGAAUGAGGGAAAUGGACUGUCUGUGAGCAAAGAAUUUUUCGGGAGGACCCCUAAUGUUUCUACCUGCCUGUCUGCCCGGGCAGGGCUUCGUGACAGGGCUUCUUCGGCUGUCUUCUGUCUCGUGACGUACUUGAGCUCCGCAGUUUGCAGGGAAGCCCCCUUUGGCUCGACUGACGUGCUCCUCCUCCUCCUUCUUCUUCUUCCCCAUCGCCGGCCUUUGAAAUGAAUCAUCAUUAGAGAGGAUGCUGCGUGUUUAGUCGCGCUGUUCCUUCGCAACUGUUGCAAAAAGGAAGGGGGGUUUUUAUUUUUUUUUAUUUUAAGAAAAUCACCACAUCUUUAGAAUGGAGGAGCUUCUGAAAAAGCUGCAGAAGGACGCGUCUGGAAACAAAUACAAAGCCAUCCGGGAUGCGUGCGCUUCAGCGUCAGAGUCACUUGAUGCACAGAGUGGAUCAGUGAAAAUUCUGCCAUAUCAGCUAAGAGAAAGAUGCCUUCUACCCUUGAAGAUGGCACUGGAGUCGAAAAACAUGAAGCUGGCACAGGUUGCACUCGCUGGAAUGCAGAAGCUUCUGUCAGAAGAGAGAUUCAUUGCUACUGAUAAAGAACCUGCAGAGAAGGCACUACUGAAUCAAAUGCUGGAAGCUGUCAGAGUCACACCAUCCCUUCAUGAGGACCUGCAAGUGGAAGUUAUGAAGGUUUUGUUGUGCAUAACGUACUCUUCAGCCUUUGAGAUUAAUGGGGACUCCAUUCUGAAAAUUGCUGAGGUGUGUACAGAGACAUAUAUGUCAAGCUGUCACCAGCGAAGUAUAAACACUGCUGUACGGGCCACACUGAGUCAAAUGCUGAGCGACCUGACCCUCCAGUUACGACAGAAGCAGGAGAACGUGGCAUCCGAUGGCCAAGAUGAAGUACUGUCUGGAUAUCAGCACAAAGAGACUUUGCUAAGCACCGAAGGACUUUGUGAGGAUAUCGUGUCUGUCCUUGCUGUCUUUUGUGAGAAGCUGCAAGGUGUCAUUAAUGAAAAUCAACAGCUCCAACUUUUGUAUCUGGAAUGCAUCCUGUCCAUGUUGAGCAGCUGUCCUUCAAACAUGUACUCUCACAAAGGCUUUACGGACUUAAUUUGGAAGCAGUUGUGUCCAGCUCUGAUUGUCAUUCUUGGGAACCCCAUGAAUGACAAAACCAUUACAUCAGCUCAUGGUGUAAUAUUACAAGAGACGGAAUCCUCCUCGGCGGGCGUGCUUGACCAAGGUCGUGGAUCUGGUUGUUCAUCCAGUGCUCCGACGCUCAUCGGCCCUGUAGCACGCACCAUUUACUAUAUGGCAGCCGAGCUGGUGCGACUAGUUGGGUGCGUGGACUCCAUGAAGCCAGUUCUGCAGUCUCUGUAUCAUCGUAUCCUUCUGUAUCCGCCGCCCCAGCACAGGGUGGAAGCUAUCAAAAUCAUGAAAGAGAUUCUGAGCAGUCCCCGGCGCCUUUUUGACCUGGCAGGACCUGCAAUUAAUGAUGAAGAAACCAAGAAGAGGUCAUUCUCUAAGAGGAAAUCCCACCUGGACUUAUUAAAACUUAUAAUGGACGGCAUGACUGAAGCCUGCAUGAAGGGUGGAAUCGAGGCCUGCUUUUCAUCUGUGUCAUGUGUGUGUUCCUUACUGAGUGCUUUGGAUGAACUGAGUCACGGCAAGGGGCUUCAGGCAGAACAGAUCCACCUUUUGCUGAAACGCUUGGAGGAGCUUAAAGAUGGCACAGAAUCUACGCGGGAAUCAAUGGAAAUAAAUGAAGCAGACUUCCGGUGGCAGCAGCGUGUCCUCUCCUCAGAGCACACCCCCUGGGAGUCGAACACUGAGAAGAGCCCAGAUAUCAGCAUUAGCGUAACUACCGAUACCGGUAGGACUACUUUGGAGGGAGAUUUAGGGCAGACCACACCUGAAGAGGGGGCUGAUGGUUCUAGAGCCGGUCUACCAUCCCCUUGUGGGCAAGAUAAUGGCGAGGUCAUGGGUCGGGAAGUGGAACUCGAAAGUAAUGAUCAACCAGAUGUAAUUCAGAGAAGCCAUGGCCUCGUCUUCCCCGAUAUAACUAACUUUCUGUCAGUGGAGUGCAGGACUCGGUCACAUGGCUCUAGGUAUAGCGAAAGCAACUUUAGCAUCGAUGAGCAGGAUCUUUCAAGGACAGAGUUUGACUCUUGUGACCAAUAUUCUAUGGCGGCAGAAAAAGAUUCGGGCAGAUCAGAUGUCUCAGACAUGGGUUCGGACAACUGUUCCUUGGCAGAUGAAGAACAGACCCCCAGAGAAUGCCUGGGUCACAGAUCACUACGCACAGGCCUGUCCUUGAACCUGCUAAAAAAUCAAGAGGCUGACCAGCACUGCGUCCGACUAUUUGUCCAGUCGCUUAUUAAUCUCCUUCCUCAACUGCUGUCGGUCCACACUGCUGCCGAAGUGGAUUUAUUGAUCCAGAACUUCUCGUCAAACUUCUGUUCCAGUCUACAAACAGGUGGGAUGCAUUCACCUGGCUUUGAAGGCAGUGACGCUCUCAGCAGUCAGACCCAAAUGAAUGCUGAUGGACUUUACCUGGUUUCCUUCUACACACUUCUGCUCAACCUUAAGCUGUGCUGCUGCGAUUACUAUAGAAGAAAGCCAUCUCCAGUCCCCAUCAGUUCGAAGGAAUUUGUGAGACAAAUCCAGAGCAGUGGGCUGGUGGUGAUGCUGUCCCAGGUUUGGAUUGAAGAGCUGUACCAUCAAGUUCUCGAAAGGAACCUGCUGGGUGAGGCUGGUUACUGGGGAGUCCCUGAGGAGUACACCCUGCCACUCAUCACAAUGCUGACCGAUAUUGAUGGCCUUGGGAGCACCGCCAUUGGAGGUCAGCUAAUUCGCAGACCUAUGAUGCAGUCUUCUCUUUCCCAAGACAAAGCUGGAGAUGACUCGGCAGUGGCAGGAGUGGUUUUUGCCCGAUACAUUCUGAUUGGCUGCUGGAAAAACCUGAUUGACACCUUAUCGGCACCGCUGACUGGACGUAUGGCAGGGAGCUCUAAGGGCCUGGCUUUCAUUCUGGGUGCAGAAGGUGUGAAGGAGCAAAACCAGAAGGAGCGGGAUGCGAUCUGCCUAAGCCUGGAUGGGUUGAGGAAGGCGGCAGGACUCAGCUGUGCCUUAGGGGUUGCUGCCAACUGUGCCUCUGCUUUGGCUCAAAUGGCGGCAGCAUCAUGCGUGCAGGAAGACAAGGAGGAAAAAGACGCCCCAGAGACAAGUGAUACUAUAUCUCAAGUGAAGCAGAAAGUGGAGCAGAAACUGGAGCAAAUCGGGAGGCCUCAAGGCGUGCGUCUGCACACAGCCCACGUCCUCUGCAUGGAUGCCAUCCUUAAUGUGGGCCUGGAAAUGGGGAGUCACAACCUGGACUGCUGGCCCCAUGUCUUCAGGGUCUGCGAAUUUGUCAGCACCUUGGAGCACUCUCAUUUCAGUGAUGGCACCUCCCAACCUCCUGUCACCAUCACUCAGGCUCAGCAGGCAGUGGACUUGGCUCUGGAGCCCUCCCAGGAACAUGUCUCAGAGCAAGACCUGACCCUCAGUCACCCUGUCAUUCAGCCAUUAUCUAUUCAAGAGCUCAUCCGAGAAACGAGCAAGGGCAAAAUGUUUGACUUCCGAGGAGGAAGCCUGCUGAGCGGCAACAGUGCAGCCAAGGCUGUGUGCACGCUUUCCACCCAAGUUGACAGGUUAUUUGAGGAUGCGGCAAACAAAUUAAACCUGGCCGCUUUGAUCGGAUUUCUUCAACAACUACGAAAAGCCUCCCAGGCCCAGCUCUUCAACUCGGUGCCAGAGACGUUGGACUAUUCAUUGAUAAUGCCAGAAGCCAGGUCAACUCAAGAGAGGAAGAGUGUGCUUCAUCUCUUCCGCCUGGGAGAUGUAAUGUUACGGAUCGUCAGGAGCAAAUCACGUCCAUUACUUCACAUGAUGAGAGCCUGGAGUGUCGUGUCUUCUCAUUUAGUGGAGGCCGCUUGCCACAAAGAGAGACAUGUUUCCCAAAAGGCUGUGUCCUUCAUACAUGACACUCUCACUGAGGUCCUAUCCAACUGGCAUGAAUUGCCUCAUUUCCGCUUCAAUGAGGCCUUGUUUCGCCCAUUUGAGCGCAUUAUGCAGCUGGAGUUAUGUGAUGAAGACGUGCAGGAUCAGGUAGUCACUUCCAUCGGCGAACUGGUGGAGAUGUGCUCUCCUCAGAUCCAGUCUGGUUGGCGGCCCCUCUUCAGUGCACUGAGGACUGUGCACAGUAAUAAGUCUGAAGUCAAAGACUACCUUGUUGGAGAGUACUCAACGGGAAAAUGUCAGGCCCCUGUGUUUGAUGUCUUUGAGGCCUUUAUCAACACUGACAACAUUCAAGUGUUCGCCAAUGCUGCUACCGACUACAUUAUGUGCCUUAUGAAUUUCGUCAAAGGGUUAGGUGAAGCAGACUGCAAAGAAGCUGGAGACUGCGGUCAAGGUGUUGGAUGUGCUUCAACAGAUUUAUGCCUUCCUGCUUUGGAUUAUCUACGGAAGUGUUCACAGCUGUUGACCAAAAUUUACAAGAUGCCAUCCAAACCGCUGUUCAUUCGUGUAGGCCACCCAAGAACACCCUUGCGAGCUCAAGAGAGGUCAACAAGUAGCGAGGAUGGGGUGGAAUCCAUUCUUGCUGACUUUGAUGACAAUACUGGUCUGAUUCAAGUGUGGAUAUUGCUACUAGAGGAGCUCACCAAUGCUGUCUACAACUGCCCACGUCAGCAUCAGCCCCCGACACUGGACCUGCUCUUUGAGCUGCUCAGAGAAGUCACCAAAAUCCCAGGACCUGGAUUUGGCAUAUUCUCUGUUAUUCAGCUUCUCCUGCCCGUGAUGACGCUAUGGCUGCAGCGCAGUCAUGGGAACCACUCUUACUGGGAAGUUGCUGCCUCGAACUUCAAGCAUGCCAUUGGUUUGUCUUCUGAGUUGGUGGUGGAGCAUAUUCAGAGUUUCAUCCAUUCAGAUAUUGGUUAUGAAAACAUGAUCAACCUCAUGCUGAAAGAUCUUUUCAAGCUUUUGGUAGCCUGUGUUGCAGAACCAACUGAAACAAUCUCAAGAGUGGGAUGUUCCUGCAUUAGAUAUGUUCUUGUUACUGCCGGCCCAGUCUUUACAGAGGAGAUGUGGAGGUUGGCCUGCUGUGCCCUCCAGGAUGCAUUUUCUGCCACUUUAGAACCAGUCAAGAACCUCCUUGCUUGCUUCCACAGCGGCUCAGACAGUUUCACUGGAGAUGCCUGUGAAGUGAAGGUAGCAGCUCCUUCUCAUUCACCUACUGCCGAAGCAGAGUAUUCGAGAAUUCGUGCCAUGGCCCAGCAGGUGUUCAUGCUAGAUACUCAGUGUUCGCCAAAAACACCAAACAGCAAGGAAGGCUUCGAACAUGCCCAGUCGUGUGUUCUUAUUAUUGAAUUGCCUGGUAAUCAGAAAUCAAAUGGACACACCCAGAAAAGAAUACCAUUUAGGACAAUAGUAGUCAGUUUACUUUCCCACCAGGUGUUGCUUCAGAACCUUUAUGAUAUUCUUUUAGAAGAAUUUGUGAAAGGCCCCACUCAGGUGGAAGGCCAGGAGAAGACUACCCCUCUACUGGAAACAAAGCCAGCAGGGUUCCUGAGAUACAUCUCAAUGCAAAACCUGGCCAUAAUAUUUGACUUGUUGUUGGAUUCCUAUAGAACAGCUAGUGAUUUUGACACAAGACCAGGCCUGAAGUACCUGCUUAUGAAGGUGUCAGGAGUUUGUGGAGCAGCCAAUCUCUACCGGCAGUCUGCCAUGAGUUUUAAUAUUUACUUUCAGGCCCUCGUCUGUGCAACCUUAACCAACCAAGAGAACAUCACAGCUGAUCAAGUUAAAAAAAUACUUUAUGAGGAAGAAGAAGGCAGUACGGACUCUUCACAGCAGUGCUCCUCAGAAGAUGAAGACAUUUUUGAAGAAACUGCUCAGGUCAGCCCUCCAAGAGGCAAAGAAAAGCGCCAAUGGAGAGCCACAAUCCCCUCCCUAAGCAUCCAGCCAAUUAGCAAUGCUGAUUGGGCUUGGUUGGUCAAACGUCUCCACAAACUUUGCAUGGACCUUUGUAAAAACUACAUCCAGAUGCACCUUGACCUAGAGAGCAACAUGGAUGAACCGCCUGUUCUGAAAGGCGAUCCCCUUUUCUUCUUGCCACUUUUUCCUUCGGAAACGUCUACCCCCUCUACUGGGGGUCUUUCGAGCAAAGGAACCCCAUCAGAAGAACUUGGACGAAGCCAAGUUGUUGAGACACCUGGGGAGGAAACACCAAGCACAGGCCCUUGUCUGACACCACUGAGCCACAAAGGAGAAAAGAGAGAACAGGGCAAAAAGAAAGAGUGGUGGGAGAGUGCUGGAAAUAAACUGUAUACCAUUGCGACAGACAAGACUAUCACUAAGCUCAUGAUCGAGUAUAAAAAAAGGAAGCAGCAGCACAACCUGACUACUUUUGUAAAAGAGACAAAGAUGGACAAGAAAGGGGAUGGCAUCAACCUACGAGGUCCAGAUUCUCCAAGACCCCAAAGACCUCAACAUCUGGUGGAUCAAGGGACAAUGAGACAUUCCUUCAGUGCUGGUCCAGAGGUUUUGAGGCAGGAGAAACGCCCCCGCUCUGGUUCAACAGCUAGCUCCCAUAAUAUAUCUUUAAGAGAUGCUGAAGCGCAGAUACAGGCCUGGACCAAUAUGGUAUUAACCAUGCUAAACCAAAUCCAGCUGCUCCCGGACCCCACCUUCAUUGCUCUACAGCCAGCUGUGUUUCCAUGCAUCAGUCAGCUGACGUGUCACGUGACAGACAACGAGGUUCGCCAAGCUGUGAGAGAGUGGCUGGGAAGGCUGGGCAGAGUCUAUGAGAUUAUUGUCUGAGGGUCAUUCAGAGUGACUUGGAGAAAAGAUGACCAAGGAGCCAAACUCCAUUUUUGUUCCUUUUGUGAUGAGCUGUACUCUUGUCGAGCUGUGUAACUACACAAGGUAUAGAUGGUGUAUUUUUAUCAUCAUCCUACUGAACUUUUGAAAUUUGUGUUGAACCUCAAAAAUGAGUAAAAUUUCACAAGCCAUAGAUGGCCUGCAUAUACUUAAGAGACAUUAUUUAUCUUUUUAAUUUAUGCUCGCUAGCUCGUUUUGCACCAUGUUUGCAGCUGGACCCGCAGUGUUUUACUGGCCGUGUCCAUUCUUUUCAGGUAUGAUAUGAAAAAGAAAUGUGUGUGCCACCUGAAACACCCCUUGAUGCUAAACCUGUCAGUGCCAGUGUUUCUACGCUGAUUGUAGAGUGGCGCAUUUUAUAAUCAAACGAAUGGCUCACUUGUACUAAUUGAUGCCCAGAAGCAGUGUAGGCUUUGGUGACGUCACAUUCUUGCAUCUGCGUCCUACUCCAGUCUUCUUUGUCAUAGGCCUGCUUGAGCUGGCACACUGUUCACCAGUGUCCUUAAUUCCAGUGUGCCAGACUGUCUUGUGUGGACAUUAAUUUUAAGUAUACCUGCCAGCCUCCAUCUUUUAACGUGAUUACUUUAUUUGUGUAACAUGCAUGCAGUUUAAGCAAUGAAUAUGCUAUAAUUACUAAAAGAGUGAUUAUGGUGUGAGAAUCAUUUGUAGUUUCAGCAAUAGUGACUGUUAGAUACCUACAUUUUAUGUUAAAAACAAAAGAAAACUCAGAAGAAAGAUCUAUUAAAUCUCCUCCCCAUUAUGGCAUUAAAUAUUCAUGUAUGUUAAAGUGGUUUUAAAAAAUAAUAUUUCAAAACCUUCACCCUGAAAAAGAUAUUGCCCAGUCAGAGAUCACGGAAGAUUUGCUUGAUGUCUGUUCUAUAGGUGACUUAAAAAAUGUUAAAGUACCUUGAACGUGUGCUUUAGUGUCUACUUCAUCAUACUAAAUUUUUAUAUCAGUGUGCAUGAGUGAGUAUGGACAAAAAAGAAUUUUCCACCCAAAAAUUAUAUUCUUUUAAUACUUCAAGGUGGGUGUCGACAACGGUCGACACAUAAAGAAUUGAAGGUUAACCGCCUAGACAAAUCACCUAAAAUGUAGUAUAUAGUUCCAUCCACUAGAUGGCAGCAAAUACAAUGAAUCACCACUCAUUUUCAUUACAGCAUGGCGUCAAAUGCCGGCUGCUGCUCUUGUCAAAAGAAAUCCCUUGCCAGAGAGGUGUUGUGUAUUGUUGAUGACUCGGAUUCUGCUCUGUCAGAUGAGGAUUUUGAGCUGUCGGAGGAGAGUGACAAUGAGAGUGCUGGUGAAAAACUGUUUUGUUAGUUUUAUCCAUCCAUCCAUCCAUUUUCCAACCCGCUGAAUCCGAACACAGGGUCACGGGGGUCUGCUGGAGCCAAUCCCAGCCAACGUAGGGCACAAGGCAGGAACCAAUCCCGAGCAGGGUGCCAACCCACCGCAGAGAAACAACAUUAAACAGCAAAAGUGAAGCAUGUUCACACAAUUUUGAGAUUUUGAAUCGACAAGAUUCUUUCAUUGGUCAGGAUCCCUGUCUUGAAUUUCAAAACUCAAAAUUGCUUGAACGCGUCAUAGCAAUGACAGAACUUCAAUACCCAGCAGCAUCAGGAUCGCCAUAUAACGAGAUAGCUUCAACUGUUCACUCCAAGGCUGCUGGGAGAAAGGAAACGAGGUGCUGAAGUUCAAUGGAAGUCAGCGGGGAUUAGCACGAUUGUCUUUGGUGUAAUGUUAUUGCUCCCACUGCUGCAGCAAAUCAUUCAUUUUGGAUGACAAUUACUCACACCUUAAAAAUGUAAAGUUUUUCAGGAAUCUUGUCCAGUGCCAGGUUUGUUCAUGUGAUUUCAUGUCAUUUUGGAAGUCAUCAUUCACUGAGCACACGCCAUCUAUUACAACUCAUCAUUGAACAUUGACAAUCAUGGUAGGACUCUAUUACAUCUCUUUCAGAAGGUUGUUUGAAUUUCAUCCAUUCCUCCAUAACAUCUGUGAAUUUUAACUAUGUUUGUGAGUGUUUACUGUUCAUCAUAAACUGGGAUUGUUUAAUUGGUUCGUUGUCACCAUCGCAGUUUAUUCUGGUGGGUUUCUACAUGUGUGUUUUUUUCAUUAUUUAUUCAAUACAUUCUUUUUCAUUUAUUUAAAUGAACACUUUGUUACUGGUGGGUGAGUUUGGAUGUGUUCCUGGUGUCUCUUAAAUAAAAAUUGCAGCUGCUACAACAACUCACUUUUAUGCACAACUCUCAUUUUCCUAAAGUAUCGAACACUAUUUUAUCAAAUCACACAUGCGUUUUAGAUAUUCGGAGCAUACAACUGGAUAACUGACGUGUGUAUUAUGCAACAGGACUAGCCUGAGAUGUUUUGAUUGAAGUUUUAACCUUGUUUGCUGCUGUUUAGCAUUGAGCCAUCCUAGUUCUUAUUGGAGCCCAUUGUGUUAGAAACUGUUUUCCAUAAAAACAAGAGAUUGAAUUUUUUUCUUAGUUAUUAUUACAAAUGAAACAGGGUAAAUAACAGAUAAAAAAGUAUCAUUUUUGGGUAGAGUAUAAGACUUGGUUAUGUACAGUGCAGUACUAUUAAACGGCAUUCUGUAUGUGACGCUGGCCAUGUCACUGUCCAGUGCAAAAAUGUUAAAAACAAAAAAUAUUAAAAAUGUGCUGUCAUAGCCCUCUGUAAAAUAAAUAUUGACCAAAAAUUGUAAAUUAAAAUUCUACCUUUUGACAAAAUGGAGCUGCAGUAGACCACCCUGUCUGUGAUGCUCAGGUUAGCUCAUCCCACUGAGACAAGAAAUGAAAGUCAAAAAACGAGAGCAAAAGAUCUGAAUCAGAAAUAUUGUUAGGAAAAAGGAUUUAAUAAAGGCAAAGGUUUUAAUUUUUAAGAGACAAAAAUAAAAGUCAGAAAACAAGUGAAAAAGAUCUAAAUCAGAAAUUCUGCUAGGAAAAAGGAUUUAAAAAAGGCAUAGGUUUUGAUUUGAAUCUGUGACAGCAACAGAGACAAAAAUAAAAGCUGAAAAAUGAGUGCAAAAGAUCCAAAUCAGAAAUAUCGUUAUAAGGCAAAAGUUUGGAAUUAAAUCCAUGAACUCAGAUGAGGAAAUAAUUUGUUUCAAGGUGAGCUUUUAUCCCAAUGCGACGUUAUUGGCACUUCACAGGCGCAGAGGACACCCCCCCAACAACAUUGCUGUCCUGACAACAGAAGCUCAAAAUGAUCCCACUGGUAAAUAAUCAAAAUGGCAGCUAAAACAACCCAAAUAAAAUUACAAAACCAUAACUAAGCUAAAAGCCUUGUCCAGAUAUUGUGAGGUUAGUGUCAUCACCAGACACCUCAAGGUGGACCAUACAAAAAGAGCAAGAAAAAGUUAUAUGAAUGAAAAUCCCUUCAUUGCAGUAAUGACAGAAUGAGGUUUUAUUCGGAAAUAAACUAACAAAGAAGUUCAUUGUUUAUGGAAAUGUGCAUGAGAAGACAUAGGUAGGUGUUUCUUGGGUUAAAUAGUGGUUCUCGUUUUGUCCACUCGUUUGACCUCAGAAGCAGUCUUUUUGACAUUCACCUCCACGAUUCCCAGCAAUAUGGUGUAAAUUCCAUGGAAGUUGAUCAGAAGAGCCCAGUGAUUUGCCCAUUUUAAGAGGACACCUGCUGUUCUCUUUGUCACUUCAUUCUUUUCUAAGCAUUUUUAAAAAUGCCCUAAUUUAACUGCUCCAAUACUUUAACAUAGAAAAUAAUUACUGGCUGAAAAGAAGACCACCAGUCAUCUAUAUGAAUGAGGAAAAGCCCAAUACAAAUUACUUCACUGACAUCUAUUAUGGUUCCUUGCUCCCCAUGGACCCUCCUGAGUUUACUAGUUUUUAUUAACAGGGCUUUUUUGAGCAACCUGCCUCAGGGAGUUGAUCUGAUCUUAAAACUUUUAAACAAGUCUUAGCUGUCCUCUGUUCAACAAUAAGCUUUUGUGUUUUCAAUCAUCUUGGCACGUGGGCUGAGAUUUCUAAGAAGUGCAGGAUUUUUCAUAAUCCAGCCCAGAUAUUUCUCCAUUGUGCCAUUCACAAUCCUUGUGCUGCUCUGCUCAGAUUUCCAACUUGAAGGUCACAUAAAUCCCUGAGAUUUAGCUCCGGAAAGCCAGAGACUCAAUACUAGAAAAAAUUAAAUAGCCUUGGGUUCUCAGACUGUAAGAGCAAAAUCUGGGCCAGCCCUGUCAUGAUCAUUUUUAAUUUUUUAUUCAUUUUUUUUCCAGCCUUGAAGUAUAUUGAUGGUUAUAUAGGUCAAUGAAUUUAAUGAUCUGAUGUGUUUUUUUUGUUAAUUUUGAAAUACUGUACAUCUUCUCAGGGUGCUGUUUUGUUUUUAGUAUCAUACCGUCAUUGUUCCACUGUUAAUAAUGCAGGAUUGCCAAGCUGUUGCUGGACAAGACAUUCAGCAGCAUGUGAUGCAUGGCAGUGUAUAGGUCAGUGUCAUGCGCUGCUUUAUUGUCUAAGGUUUGUGACUAAUAAAGAUCUAUCUAUCUAUCUAUCUAUCUAUCUAUCUAUCUAUCUAUCUAUCUAAUUUGAAACUUAAAACUCUAGUAUCAUCAUUGUUAAAACUCUCUGGUUACAACUUGCUUUCUGUUCUUCGACUUCGAUUUACGUCUUGCAUUUUGACUUUGACAACAUGAAAUAUUCUGGUUUUUGAAGCUCCUACUACGAUUAUGUCUCACAUCCUGGGCACUAUUUCUUUGAAUCUCAUCUUCCCAAGUUUCCACUUUAGCUCAUAAUUAUUACUGUUGCAUUCCAUUUCCUGAUACUUAGAACCAGUGCUUAUUUUGUAAACAGAAAGGUGGUGGUACACGUAUGUUGCAUUUGGAUCACGUCUCAGGUACUGCAAAGGUGUAUAGAAGGCGAGAGACCUAGCACUACAUGUUUUGUUUAUUUGGUGAAAUUUGAAUUUGACAAAUCAUCAAGCGUACCGUAAUGCAUAAUAUUGUGCUUGACAGUUUAAAAUUAAAAUUAUUAAAAUUAUUGCAAGUUAAUAACGAAUGCUGCAUUCUACAUAAAAGUUGUUAUGCAGUCUUGCAAAACAAUCAAAGCUUAAAUUGACUGUUUUAAAGAAAAUUCCCAACUUUUUUUCAUGUUUUCAUCAAAUGUAGUCUUUCUAAUUCGUUCUUUGCUUCGAGUGUCAAUGGCUGAUCGUCGUCCUCGUAACAGCCAUGAAUUAACGUAUCUUGCAAGAUCGAAGCGUGUGAGUGCUGGGCAACCAAUUGUAUGAAGAGAAUUGCGGAGACCGUGCUUGUCAGUAACAAGGCUCUCAUUGGAGUAAUAAUUUGAUUCAUUUGUGAAAACCCACAUUUGCGUUCACUUGAUGAAAUUGAAAUACAACUAAGACUCUGCACACAGUUCUUUAUGGAAUCAUUUAAUAUGUAGUCGAUGCCACAACUAGUUAUCACGACCAGUAUAUCGUCACAAAAAAAAGAAAUGCCCUGCUUAGAAUUGCUGCUGCCCUGUGCAGUCAUUACAGAUAUGUUAAGAAAUGCUUGUUCUUGGCAUCUCCCCAAUCUUUACUAGGCAUACACUUAAUUGAAAUACAAUCCGUACUGAGAAACAAGCUUCAUAAUACAAUACUCCCACGACAGGGUGCCUCCUCAGAACAGUAGAUACAAUAACACACAUACUGUAUAUUAUUUUUGGAAACAUUGUGGGGAAAAAAAGGUUUAGGAUUAGCAUAAAAUCAAUAACUCUACGUUAACACUACAAGCCCAUUUCUCAGUUAGGAUUUUUUCCUCAGAUUAGAUUGUCCUGUCUUGAUGGUUCACAUUCAUAAGUACUAGUGACCUGUAAUGAAAAGUAAAAUGAACACGUCUGUCAUCCAAAAUGGCACACAUUGAUACAUUUGUGCCCAAGUUAUCUGCAUCACCAAGAACAAAAAACUUCAUAUUUGUGAGACGAUUUGUGGUAUUAAAACUGGCAUAAUGGAUGCACUAGUAGCUAGUUUAUGCAUCGCAUUUCCAUCCGCAUGGUGGCAAACAGCUUGUCAUGCUGUACAUUAUUAGGCCAAGAAGCAAAAACAGAGCAAGAUGGCUAGAUUGUGCUUUUUGCACAUCUAUUCCUACCACUGCUGCCCCAAGAGAUGUGUGGGUAUGAGAAAAGAGCCAUCAAUGGUGGGACCGUGACAAUAGUCACAGCUGUAGCUCUCCUCCAUUGUUGUUUUGCCACACUGCCAGUGCUGGCUGAUGAUGACAGCGCUAGGUCCCUGCAUACAGGCAAAGUUACAAUCUGAUGGCUGUUGUAUGGCAACAAAUCGGAUACGUAUCUGAUCCAGGACCACAUGUUAAAGUGACUCUGAUUUGUAAAGAUUGGAUUUCUUUGUCCACACAGCCCUGAAGACACCAGAUUUGUGUCACAAUAAGGGACAUAAUUGGACCUAAGUCAUUAUAGCUUGGCGACCGUAGUCAUAAGACACAACACAUGCAUUACAAACAAAACAAAUGUGUAAAUUCUUCACCAUUUCUUUUUGGCCCAAGUGUUUGUUUUUUUUUCCAGUUUUGCAAUUGUGAAGUUGAAUGCAAAAUGUAACUUAACGCUGGCUUCUCCCACACAUUUUUGUAUAUGCCUUGGCAGUUUCAAGCUCUCAUUUGCACCUGAGCUUGCCUCAUUUUUCGCACCCGAGAGCAUUUUCUGGAAAUGGGGUGGGAGUUGCUAUCGAUUCUAACGGUAGAGGGUCACUGCUCCGAUGAUCGUGCUCGAUCCUCCAUCGCUCUAAUAAAUGCGCUUGAUUCUCCAAGGGGAGUGCACUUAAAUGGGAAAAAGAGGGUUCAGACACCAAAAAGGGUGAGAAACAUUGGAUUAUGUGACGCAAAUAACGUGAGAUUUUCUCAUGGAUUUUUGGUAAAGUUUACUGUUGGCCACCAUAGACACCAAUAAUCUUUAUCUUCAUUCUGCAUGAAAACAUGAGAUUAACAAAUUUCUCAGCCAUUGCUACAAACUACGUACAUAGGGCAAGUUAGAUAUAGGGAAAGUGUCAUUAUUGGGUGGAGUAUCCCUUUGAGGCUGAUCCUGUAUGCAUCUUGGGAAAUGUUCUCAGGCCAUUUUUAAUGAAGUGUGACAUAAUAUUUAUGCAUUGUAGUUGCAUGUAAGCCAUUUUGAAACCAUCACCUUUAAUGGCUUUGUUUAGUAUUAACAAUCUGAAAAUGGAGAAAAUUAAAAGUAUUAAACAUUUAAAGUAAUGAUAGACCACAGAAGAUGGGUCAUAAGCUUAUCUAUGUGAAAGAAAAAAGGCUUUACACUAAAACAACAGUGUUACAAAAGUGCCAUGAACACAUCCAUUGAUUUGACGUUUAAUCUGAACCCAGCUUGUAGUGUGGUGGAUAAAUGGGAAGAUGUCAAGUGUACAUGGUCACCAUGAUGUUGGCUCACAAAUCUUCCAGUUUAGCCAAUUUAUUCGUACGGCAGUCUACCUGGACGAAGGUGCAAAGACACCAUGUCACCCAGUGACAUAGGCAGCCUGUUAAAGCACGACGGGAAUGUGAAAUGUCAAAAACACAAGCAUUUUUUGUAUUAAUUUAAAAUGCGCGUACCACAGACCCCACUAUAUCACACUGCCCUCUUCUGGAUUGGAGCUCCAAAAUAAUCAGUCUUGAACCACUGAGUUGAUCCUGUUGCACACUGAUGUGCCAAUUUCAUCAGUUUGUAGAACUGAAUUAAUACAUGAAUAACUGUUUCAUUGUUCUUUCCCUAAAUUUUGUAAUAAAUAAAUAAAUAAAGGGGGUUUGCUUGUGCAUCAAGGUCAUGCAUACAUUAUUUAUUUCUCCAUUUCAAAUUCAUUUUCUCUCUCUAUUCCAUGGUUGUGUAGAAGGUAUCUGUGUAAACUACUAGGAUCCCCCCAAUAGCAGGUUCUCUCAGCAACUUUUACUAAUGAAAAUGUGACAUUAUUUAAUUCUGUGCUUGUGUCUCUUGCAUUUACAUUCAGUAAUGCAAAGGAAGUCCAUCACAAAGUGUUGCAUUUAGAGAACUGAAAGAUCAAAAGUGUGUUUGAAUGUAAAAUUAGGGUUUGAACAUUUGCUGCUGCAGUAUAAAAUCUGAAAUAUUUAACUUCAUCAGCAAGAAGUCUCUUCGUAAAUUACAUUUUGCAAUUUUAUUUUUGUAUUUUCUUCUGAGACAGACGUUUAUAUGCUGUGUACGAAUUCCAUUGUAACUCAUGCCGUGUGUCAUAAAGUGCCAUUAGUGUAAUAUACAAUGAAAACCACAUUUCAUUCCUAUUGUUUUUCAGAAUGCAAUUCACGUUUGAUAACGUUGUGUUGUUUAAAAUUUCAUUUUUGAAAUAAUUCUAUUGUACAUAAGAUUGUCUAUUUCUAAUUUAACUUUUUUGCGAAUUGGGGUGAGAUUUGCUCAAUUGGAGCUCAGAUGAGAUUUGAAAGAUGUACUAGCUAAAUAUUAGCCUGCCCUUAAAACAAAUGUUAUUUUUAAGCUUUGGCUUGGGACACUCAGCAGAUGUGCAUGUGUGUUUUCUUUUUACUAUUAGCACAAUUAAGCUUUAUAAGUAAAACUGAAUAUUAAUAACAAACAUUAGGAGUUAGAGCUGUUAGUAUCAUCUGCAUGUUAAUAUGUCACUUCUUGAAACAAAUUAUUUGAAUAUAAUGUUCUGGAUUGACCAACAUAGCAAUUUCUAAUAGAAGUUUUAAGUUAAUAUGUUCAUUAAUGCAAAAAUACAAUUUCCCAUCUGCGAUUAACAAAAUAUAUCAAAUCAAAUUUCAAUGUGUUCUUUUAUAGAACUUUCUCAGGCUAUGUCCACACUACUACACUUUCAUUUAAAAACACAGACAAUAGUCUCUGUUUUCCCCUUUCGUCGAGACCACCCCGACGUUUUUAACUCCCGAGCCAUCAUCACAGCUUUGUGCAAUGUGUAUGUGUGAAAACGCAAACUCUAAUCACAUUCUGAUUGGUUUGUGCUUAUUACACAGCCCUUUCCCUGAUUGGUUCCUGCUCAUUGCAGCAUCUCAUUCCCUGAUUGGUCACCCUUCACAGAAGAAAAACAUAUUCCAACAUGUGUUGCUUUCCAUGGCGCUUACCUGUAUAGAGUUAAGUUAUGUUUUGUAAAGUUUGAGUGCUACUUACAUGUGCCAAAGGGGAAUAAUUUACUAGUUGCUACAGUUGUGUGAUAAAUCUAGCAACUCCAUUUACUGUAUUACACCUUACCAGAAGAAGGGGCCUGAGCUGCCCUCAAACACUUGAAUAUUGUAAUUUACUCAGCCAAUAAAAACUUGCUUCACUUCUUGUUACAUCCGUAAAUAUCUAGCACAGUGCAUCACUUUACAAUUACAGGCCACCUCAUUUAAAAUUCAGCUUUAAAUUAAAAAUGUACAGUAGUACUGUGGACAUAGCCUCAGACAACAUGAUACACGCUGCUAUGCAAAUGUUUCAGUAAAGUUAACUGUUUUCAUUCUGUGACAUUUCUGUGGUGUUUCCCCAGUUGUUGAACAAUUUUUUUACAAAACUGACUUGAAGGAAUAAUCCACCCAAAAAUAUUUUUUAUAUGUUACUUACUCUGUGUAGAUGGUAGUGAUGGCUAAGAAAAAUGUUUAAAUUCACAUUUUCGUACAGAACAGACAUAACAAAAUUUCUUACAUACCAGGCAUCUAUGGUGACGGCCAACUGUGGACAAUAGCAAACAAUUUUUAAAACAUCUAUGAAAAAAUUCUUACUGUCAAAUCAUCUAGCCAUAUACUUAGUGUCUCACACGCAUGUAUUUUUACUAAAAUAUUGUUAAAAAAACAUUUCCAUAAAACAGUCUCAUGAACGAAAAUGUGACAAACUUAGAUGCAGACGAGCAUUUGAAUUGAAGAGCUGCUUCCUUUUAUUGGAUAACUGCAUAGAUUACAAUCUUUACACCUUUGAGGCAGGUAAGGUGUAUUACAGAAACUGGAGUUACCUAUGUUUAAAUAUGUGUCAGAAAAGAAACCUAAUUUCAUGCCAAUUAAAGAUAACAUUUCGGUUCACUUCUCAUUGCAUCCAUAAAUGGCUAACAUGGUACAUCACUUUACUUCUACCAACCUGCCUCCUGCAGUUGCAUUUGUAUUCAUAGCAGUGAGCCAUAUAUGUGUUUAGGACUUUGUAAAGAUACAACUGAAUGAUCUUACUUGACAUGUGUAAUAUGGGGCACAAGUAACAUUUUCUUUAUGGACGUUUUUGAUAUAGUUUGCUGUUGUCCAGCGUUGCUCACCACAGAUGCCUAACAUGUAAGAAACUUUAUCUCCAUCUAAGAUUAAAUCAUGUUCUUGUCCAUCACUAAAAACCAUAUGGGGUAAGUAACAUAUAAAAAAUACAGGUUUUGGGUGAACUACAGUAAUACUUUAUUUACAGAAUCCUCUCACUGCGAUGUUUUGGUACAACAAAACCAACUUCUGACCAUUGCUAAACUUGUGCAGCGUUGAUCAGGUGUUGUGUAACGUACUGUCUAAAUAACACGUUGUGUGUAUAUUACUCACAGUGAACUGCGUCCCAACAGUUUGUUAUGUGCUUUGAUAUAUUUAAUCGAUUUUAUAGCAAAUUUCACAGGUCAUAGGAAAGUUAAGAAGGUUAGUUUCAAUGCUAUUUUAAGUAAUUAUUCUUUUUUUUUAUUUGUUUACCGUGUCAGAAUCACGAAAGAGAAAAGCAGUUUCACCAGAAAUUAAGUUAAAGAUUAUUAAGCACAUACAGGCUGGAGAAAAUGUAGCAGUAUCUAUGGGGUUGGUACAGUGAACUCAAAAAACAAUCAGACAAAAUUAAAAAGUCCAUAAAAAAUACACUGAUGUCACUGUCAGGGGCCAUUAUGCUAGGACAUAUCCAACACUCAGUUGUUAACUUGACCCCCUAGUAGUUCAUGUACUGUGGAUGGACCAGCAGCGCGUGAGAGACACAACAGCAAAGGUUGAAGGUGUCCAAAAUUGCAAAGUGCAGAUUUGUUAUAACAUAAAAAUACCCCAAGUUGCAGUAAAUAUUCAAUAAAUAAAUGUUCAAAAUAGUGCAUAAAAUGUUAAAACACUUCAGAAUCCCAAGCAGCAUCUCUCUUAGUGUCCUUUUGUUCCUCCAGACCCCCAAUGAAGCAUUCUUAAAGUCAGCCUUUAAGCAGCAACUACAUCAUUUAUAUCGUCACCUAUUAUGACAAAAAAAUGCAAGCAAUGAAUUACUUGCCCUGCUUACUUUAUCCAGGUGCCAAAUCUUCAUUCUCCUGGCAGACCACAUCGUCUCACUCAUCUCCACAUUGCUCUCAUAAAGAAGCAACCCUGACGCUAUUCGCCCCUGAACUUCCAGCGCUUUCAGCUCCUUCACUGCCACCUCAUGUCAGUACCCAUGGUGAGCUCUCUGCCACCUCAGUUCCAUACCCACAGAGCUUUAACUGGAUCUUCUCCGUCGCCACUUAUCAAAUGCAUCUCUAUGAAAACCCAUGCUGCUCAGAGAUCACUCAGUCCACUCAAUCUCUCUCCAUCCCUCAUUCCACGAUCCCCAAAAACUGACCUCCUUUCCUUCCCCUGCUCAGUCAUGUUAUCCUUGAACAUGCAGGCAUCGCCUCAAGUGAUUCUUGGUGCAGCUAAUGAGGAGCGACUGCCCUGAUCACUCAAUUGCAGGUUCCUCCAGUUAACCUGCACUUCCUCCAUUCACUGAGCAGCACCAUCUCCUUCAAUUGCAUCCAACGUUUUAAAAUGUCCUUGUAACAUGGAGUGUCACAGUCACAGCAUCAAAAUGAACCCACACAAGAAGUGCCAUGAGAGAAGAAAUGGAGAGAAUGCUAUCAUGGCAACAUAUGCCUCUGUCUCAAGCGACAAUUCAACAAAAAGCAUUACAUUUGUUUAAUCCAUAUACACAGUUAUGAAAUGAAACCAAAAUCCAAACAAUCAACACUAGAUGAAGAUUU